AUGUCUACUCGUAACCUCCGACCCAGCAAAGGAGUCAACUAUGCACCGAAACCCAGCAAAGCAGUCAACUAUGCACCGAAAAAACAUGCCUGUGGCGCCCCUGCUCCCCGAAUUUCUCUUCUUGAGGAAGCUUCAAUGAUCGCUGAGGACUCCAGUGGGCAUAAGACUCAAAAUUUCUCCAGCAAUGAAAAUUUACUCUUCACAACCUCUGGUGAUCGGUUACCCCCCGUGAUUUGGUGCAGCGGAUGUCGAGAUGGUGGUGAUUUAGCUGUGUGCACAACCUGCAAAAUCAUUGGCAUCUGCUCUGUAUGCAUUGAUUUUGGAACGAAGGAUGGUUUUGUAUGUCCUCCCUGCUUCAAAAGAGCCGGAAAAUUGGUCUCCUAUCCAUGGAAAUUCCGAUCCCGUGGUGCAGGUAGAGAAAACUGGCCAAAGAUGAACACAACUCCCUUGGCUAUCAUCUCAAUUCACCUUGAGGGGAUGACAGACUCACCAUCCAUUCUCACCUACCACCAUUUAGCCCCUUAUCUUCACGGCAAUCUGGUACUCGUAAAUUUGACGUUCAACUUCAACAAGCCAAGAAAGCAUUUCAACUCCCAGUUGGAAAACAUGCUUCAAGAGUUUGAAGAUGGUGACUUCAAGGAGUGGACUCGGUUCUUGGUUGUUAUUACGACACACUCUGUUCCAGAAUCAGGGGACCUGCACACAGCCCCAAACAAUAAAAGUGCAGCACCUGUUGAUCAGCUGUGGGCGGUUCUUUUUCCAGAGCGUUUCUGUAAUCUGUUAAAAAGGGAGAAAAGGAAAAAUAUUCUGAAUUUGCUGUCUUGCGGGGCCCUAUCAAGUCGGCCUGACUCCAGGGAUGCUGUAAAAGGCAUAGCUGCUAAAGACCUCUUCGACAAAAUUCUCUGUUUUUCGCAACCUAACUUCCAGCCGUCAUCCACCCAUAAAUUUGUGAUGGACUUGGCUCUGCAGAACUAUGUUCAUGAUCGGAUUGGCCUAAUCAAUGUCCUUCGAGAGCAACAAGCCCUUGGGGCUCAUACCGACGUUGUUUUAUUCCAACCAAACGCCAUUACCACAUUUCGAUGGACACACCCAGGUGCUCGCCCAAUGGGCAACGAUACUCCAGCUUCGAUCCAGUGCCCAGAAUGUAGUGGCUUCAAAACAUCUCCCAAGUCUACGAGACAGCAACCAAGCAUUCUCAAGUGCGAAGACUGCCCAUGGAGUGCGACUUACACACUUCCUGAGGGCUUUCGAUGGUGCCAGGGAGAAAGCCCAACCAAUGGUUUGGAAAGGGGAGCUUGGAUACAGAAGGUCGAGAAAACUGAGGAUAAGAUGGAGGUAUCUUAG